GGGGUGGGGGUGGGGGUCUCGAUCCCCAGCUGCCCUCGGGGCUCCCUGCGGGCCAGACGGGAAGGCUGGAAGUCCUGGAGGUGCAGGGUCCCAGAGAAAGGGGAGGGAGGAGCUGAGGGGGCCAGGGUGCCGGGAAGGGGUCGCGGCCGGGCCUUGUGGGGAUGGGGGCGGCGGCUCGUCUGAGCGCCCCGCGCGCGCUGGUACUCUGGGCCGCGCUGGGGGCGGCAGCUCGCAUCGGACCCGCACCUGACCCGGACGACUGGUGGAGCUACAAGGAUAAUCUCCAGGGAAACUUCGUGCCAGGACCUCCCUUCUGGGGCCUGGUGAACGCGGCCUGGAGUCUGUGCGCCGUGGGGAAGCGGCAGAGCCCCGUGGAUGUGGAGCUGAAGAGGGUCCUUUACGACCCCUUCCUGCCCCCGCUGAGGCUCAGCACCGGGGGAGAGAAGCUCCGGGGAACCCUGUACAACACCGGCCGCCACGUCUCCUUCCUGCCCGCGCCCCGGCCCGUGGUCAACGUGUCCGGGGGCCCCCUGCUCUACAGCCACCGGCUCAGUGAACUGCGCCUGCUGUUUGGAGCACGCGACGGAGCUGGCUCCGAGCACCAGAUCAACCACGAGGGCUUCUCUGCCGAGGUGCAGCUCAUCCACUUCAACCAGGAGCUCUACGGCAACCUCAGCGCCGCCGCCCGCGGCCCCAACGGGGUGGCCAUUCUCAGCCUCUUUGUCAACGUGCGCAGAGGCCGGGCUGCGGGGUGGCGGGGGGAGGGAGGGCCUGGGGCGCGGUUAACCCGGGGUGCCCCCACGCAGGUGGCAGGUAGCUCCAACCCGUUCCUCAGUCGCCUCCUUAACCGGGACACCAUCACCCGCAUCUCCUACAAGAACGACGCCUACUUCCUUCAAGACCUGAGCCUGGAGCUGCUGUUCCCCGAGUCCUUCGGCUUCAUCACCUACCAGGGCUCCCUCAGCACCCCGCCCUGCUCCGAGACGGUCACCUGGAUCCUCAUUGACCGGGCCCUCAACAUCACCUCCCUGCAGAUGCACUCCCUGAGACUCCUGAGCCAGAACCCGCCGUCCCAGAUCUUCCAGAGCCUCAGCGGCAACGGCCGGCCCCUGCAGCCCCUGGCCCACAGGGCCCUGAGGGGCAACAGGGACCCACGGCACCCCGAGAGGCGCUGCCGAGGCCCCAACUACCGCUUGCAUGUGGAUGGCGCUCCGCUAGGUCGCUGAGGCUCCGCGUCCAGGAUUGCGCCUGCCCGUCCCGAGCCUCCCCACGAGGGGAGGGAGGUCACCCCCAAAACAAAGCUAUUAAAGAGACAGAACACUU